AUGAACACAUUAUCGGAGUCUGAUGUCAUUGAAAAAUCUCUCCAUGUUCCUGAAAUUACCCAAAUGGCUAAUGAUAAUGAGUUGAUAUUAUCACCAAAAAAACAUCUGGUUUGCUUUGCUACCGUCAAAGGGGAUUGUUUAGUGACAAAAAACGGUGCAUCGUAUGCUGGGAUAAAGGAGUGUCUGCUCAGUGAUCGAAUGGUUGAUAAAAACGAACCAAUUGAAAUUGAAAUUACAGAUUCUGCAAUUCCUGACACUGAUAUUGAUAGUGGAAUGGAAUCUUCAGCAUCUAGCUGGGAUCGAUCAGUUAAUGAAGUAAAAGAACAUGCAUUUGCUAGGCUUGAGGAAGAAUUAAAAAAAGCGAAUGAAACAUUAAAACUUAGAGAUGAAGAAGUAUCACGUUUAAGUAGAAUACGUGCUGAUGUCGAAUCAGAAUUAGAGGAAUUGACUGCCAGUCUAUUUCAAGAAGCUCAUAAUAUGGUGAAAGAAGCAAAUUUACGUCAGGCGGCUGCAACUAGAGCAUUAAAAGAAUCUUCAAUGAAAGUUGAUGUUUUAUCUGCUGAAGUGACAGCAUUAAAAACCCUUGUACUAACUUCUACACCAAGUCACCCUAAUCUAUCAAGAGAAGACAGCAUUUCGAUGCCAGGAGGACUGAGUGGAGUUGGACUAUUUUAUCGUAAACAUAAGAGAUCUCCCUCUCACAAUAACCUAAAGUACGGCCGAGAAAAUUCGCCACCGGAUUCUCCGCUAAAACAAAAGUCUAAUCAAUCCGAAACAGACACAAACAUUUUAGACAUAUCUAAUAGUGCUGAGGUUGAUCCAAAUGUGCAUCGUGAAUUUGUUCUUUGGAUGAAAUCUCCUACUUUAGACAAAUCAGAUGCCUUUAUAAGUCGAAUAUACAGAGAAGAUAUCGAUCAAUGUCUAGAGUUUAAUAAUUCAACCUUGGCAAUGGAUGUUAGAAAUGCUAUUGAAUGUGGGAAUCUUUUUAUUGAGUCUAUGGACAAGUCAAAAUCUCAUUUUCCAAAAAAAUGUGCUCUAAUGGAACUGCCAUUGCUGUGUCUCUAUAGAAUGAAUUUAGGAGGAGCAGAUAGUGAAUGCUAUUGCAUUUCACAAAUUUGUCGAAAUAGAAUUACUGCGGUAUGUGAUUUCCUCAACUACCUCAGAUACAUUCAAAGGGGCUUGGUCAAAAGUCUAGAAAACGAGAUGUACUGGGAAAUCGUAAGACUGCGAAAACAAAUGAUGUUGGCUAAGUUGGGUCUAGCUUUGACAUCGUAA